ACGGCCGUACAGCUGAUUAAUUGGAAACUGAUAACAAUAUCAGAUUUCACGUUGCCGCAAUCUAAAUGAAAUCGUGUUUUGGCGGAUGGCGAUCGGUGAAUGUACCUGCAACCUACUCAUGUGGAUUUGUGUCAACAACUUAAUUGGAUUUACCCGUUAUAAUGUCGGCAUCAUUGGCAAAUAGAACAUGCGAAACGGCCGGAUGCGGUUCGAAAGCAAAUCUUCAGUGUCCCACCUGCAUUAAACUUGACAUCCCCGGUUCCUAUUUUUGCUCUCAGGAGUGUUUUAAAGGGAACUGGUCUACACAUAAAGCUCUUCAUAAAGCUGGCCAAAAUUCAAAUGGUAUUAUUGAGCCAUUUAAUCCAUGGCCAGAUUAUGUAUUUACAGGUCCAUUAAGACCUCAUAGAACAUCUCCUGCGCGUACUGUUCCUGGACACAUACAAAAACCUGAUUAUGCUGAACAUCCUGAUGGCACACCUUUAAGUGAACAAUCAGUAAAAUUAUCAUCGCACAUUAAAGUAUUAAACGAUGAGGAACAAGAACAAAUGAGAAUUGCUUGCAAGGUAUUUAGAUACUUAGAAUUCCAUAUCAGAAAAAAACACCGGUGACGCCUAUACGUGUCA